AUGGUGGACGAAGCAUGGGAGCUGGUCUACAACCAGAUGAGAGAGAGACGCUACUCAAGCUCAACCAUCAGCGCCGGCGCACGCUCAACACCCUCACCUCCUCGCUCANAGCAACCCCUCGAAGACAUGAGACACAUUCUCGCCCCUGAGCCUGACUAUGGCGAAGACGUAGCACAGCUCGAGGUUACCAUGGACCAACUUUGGGAUUUCAUGGACCAAAUCAACACCGAUGGCUCUGAUGACUUCCUCAAGACCAACCACCUCAAGCUGGUCAUCGACUCAUCAGACUUUGGCGACUGGGAAGAUGAUAGCUGCAUCUACAUCAAGGGCACCAACCUCUUCACUCGCCACAACUAUGUCAAGCCUGAGAUCUCAAUCCAGGAAGAAGUUCCCCUUCCCGUCAAGGGCAAAGGCAAGGGUGUUGAUGCCGACUUGGGCCCUUACAAUUCCGCUCCCGCCUUCAACGGUAACAGUGAAGGUGCCGCAAAGAAGCCCAAGUUCACUCGCUCGAGCAUGAACUCGACUGCCAACGCCAACUUCAUCCCACCUUCACUCAACACACCCGCUGCCGAUACAUCUAGCAAGGGCCCCUCGUACAUCACCAAGAAAAUCCCUUCUCCUAAGAUCAAUAUCCAUGUCUAUGAGAAAGCCAUCGUCCCCACUAUCAUCGACAUGUUCGCCAACCGCGAGCCCCCUCUCGCCUUCAUCACCAUCCAAGGCCCCAUGCAACUGUCCCUGCGCCGCCACAUCAUCAGCUCCAUCAACCCCGGCUAUAUGUCUUCCAUGACCUUACUCACUGAAGCCGGCCACCACUACCUCGACAACGCCCAAGUGCACCCAGUCGAGGUCUGGGAGGCUCNNAACGACCCCGAAGUCACGUUCUUGAAGAAAGGCAUUCAGGACCCUGAUGACUUUGGCCCGUGGGGCAAGGAAGGUAUCAGCAAUGUCAAUAUGCAUGGUUUGGGCGAGUGGAUUGUGCCUUCUGGCAAGGGUGCUAGAGGUAUUUGGGGCUGGAGAGUUGGUGCUCCCGGUGUCAAGGUUUGGAGAGGUCCUAACACUAGUUGGGCUGGUAGAGAGGGUAUCUGA